AUGUACGGUCGAUCAAAUGUUCGACCCGUCGGUCGUCCAGCAGCAACGAGCAAUCGUACAACAGCUCGGACGCCUGUUAACAUGGGGCCAAGUAGUGGAUCAAUGGGGCGGUCACAGCCUGUACCACGAGAAACAACAAGCCGAUAUGAAGAUGAAUCACCACCACCUCGUAAUGCUCCUAGGCAACAAAAACCAACAGGUGGCGGACAAGGAUAUGGUGAAUAUGAUCAUCUAUAUAAGAAUGCUCCACGAGCAACUGGACAACCGCCAGUGAUGCCUAAAUUUGCUUUAUGUUAUGUUUGUGGACGAAAAUAUGGAACACAAUCAAUUGAAAUUCAUGAACCACAAUGUUUAGAAAAAUGGCAUUUUGAAAAUGCAAAAUUACCUCCAAAUUUACGUCGACCUCCACCACGAAAACCUGAUGUUCAAAUUGGUAAUGGUGGUGGUAAUUCACUUGAUCAAUUCAACGACGCAGCUUAUGAAGCAGCGAAAGCUCAACUGAUUCCAUGUGAUAAUUGUGGAAGAAAAUUUGCUUCCGAUCGUAUUCAAGUUCAUCUGAGAAGUUGUAAACCAGGUCAUACAGCCAGACCUAUAGGCCCGUCAGGUGGUGGUGGUGAUCCACGAAUGUCUGAACGACCUAUCCAACAAAAAGGAAAUGCCUAUAAUGAUGAUUAUGAUGAUGUACCCAAUAAUUAUCCAACACGGCGUGGUGGGGGUGGCGGAGGACGAGGAAACGGUGGUGGCUCUACAUUUCAUAAUGGUGGUUCUUCGGGAAAUUCUGGCCUCUAUCCAUGUUCAGUGUGCCAUCGCAAUUUUGCUAGUGAUCGUAUUCAACAACAUGAAGCAGCAUGUGUGAAAGCUAGUAAACAACGUCGUGUAUUUGAUUCAACUAAACAACGAUUACAAGGAACAGAAGCAGCAGCUUAUUUUCGUAAAGGCAAAGCACGAAAUGAACCUGCUAAACCACAAGCUUCUAAGUCUAAUUGGAGACAAAAACAUGAAGAUUUUAUUCGAUCUAUUCGCUAUGCUAAACAAGCAACAAAUUAUGAAAAAGCAGGAGGUCGUCUCGCUGAUUUACCACCACCACCGACUUCUGUCAAUCCUGAUUAUGUUAGAUGUCCACAUUGUGGACGUAACUUUGCACCAGCCGUUGCUGAACGACAUAUUCCAAAAUGUGUUAACAUUCAGAAUAAACCAAGGCCACCACCAGGUAGCAAUCGAAUGGGAGCUCCACAACGUGUACCUGUGAGUAAUACGCGUACACCUAUUAAUAACUACAAUAAUAGUUCUAAUGGUUUCGGUAACAAUACUGCCUAUCCAGCUCCAAAUAGAGCUGCACGGGGUAAUCGUUAUUAA